AAGUAUGUGUUCGGUAUAAAAGAGAGAAAGAAAAAGGAAACGUCAAAGAGUGCAUCAGCUGAUCGACGUGCGCGUCACAAAAGCGAUUACAGACGCGCUGUUCCUGUUUUAAGAAGUAAGAGGUGAGGUGUAUGAAACAAGAAUGCCAGCACAUAGACGCGAGAAACUUGAUAGACACGAGGUCACACUAACUAUUCUCCGAAGACCAAACCGAAGAAUGCUACAUAAUAGUUGUGUCCUUUGCAUAUUUUCCAAAUAUCGAUAAUUACCUAACUCGGACAUGAUAUCAUAUCUAUCAGAUCCGUUUGUGAUCGUGCUUAGGAUGUUUUGAAAUAUAUCGAUCGUUGCUUUCGAUGAUCACAUGUAAUUCUUCGUGAAUUUCCUCUUCGUGCCAGCCAAAGACGUCAGUAAGUUGAAUCAUUGUACGUGGCGUAACGCGCGAAUCCGAAGCAAUCAUGUCAUACUCCAUCAAUAGAAGACCUUUAUUGUGGGGUACAUCUGAUAGCGAAUUUGAAGGUGAUUUAGAGACAGAGGUAGAUGAUCCUCACACUGUGAUCUCAGAUGAGAAACCAUUUUUAAAACCAUAUGAGCCACAUGACAAAUACAAUCUUGCCUAUAUUGUAUUCUACUUACUUGGUGUAAAUACAUUAAUCCCAUGGAGUUUUUUUAUUACUGCUGAUGAUUACUGGAUGUAUAAGUUUAGAGAAAUUAAUAAUUCAACAAAUCUUACCACUACUCAUGUAGAAAAUCUCGCACAAAAGACAGAUCUUCAAGCUAGUUUUACUUCUUACUUAAGUGUAGCCAGUGCAUUGCCAAAUACUCUUUUCUUGAUAGUAAAUGCAUUUAUUAGCAACAGGGUCUCUCUAACAAUAAGAAUGGUAGGUUCCCAAUGUACAAUAUUGCUACUGUUCAUCUUGACGACUACAUUUGUGGAAGUAAAUACAGAUAAGUGGCAAGAUAUGUUCCUAGUUGUUACUUUAACGACGGUUGCACUCGUGAAUGCUGCAAGCGCAAUUUUUGGAGGAAGUCUAAUGGGUAUAAUAGGCAAAUUUUCACCAAAAUAUAUAACCGCAAUGUCGGGUGGACAAGCGCUCGGUGGAAUAUUCACAGCCCUGGUGGAAGUAUGCUCGCUAUGGAUAGGAGCCAGCCCUGUACUUUCUGGUUUGGUAUACUUCAUUAUCGGAGAUACCAUGCUACUAUUAUCGCUGAUUGCGUAUAUCAUGUUGGAGAGAUCGCCCUUUUUCAAAUAUCACAUGGCGGAAAAAGUACCUGAUCGUUUGGAAUCCGAUUACUCGACAAGUGAGGAGAUCGGCUUCUCAGCCGGUCCAAGUGUGUCUUACACGCGGAUUAUUAAGAGAAUCUGGCAUUACGGCAUUAGCAUAUUUCUAGUAUUCUUCAUAUCGCUGGCUGUGUAUCCGGCAGUCACUGUGUUGGUAGAGAGCCAAUACAAAGGUCAAGGCCACGUGUGGAAUGACGUAUACUUCGUACCUGUGGUCACGUACCUCAUCUUCAGUACGGGCGAUUAUGUUGGAAGAGUACUAUCCGGGAUUCUUCAGUGGGUGAGAAUCUGUGCUUUAUUUUCAAGAUUAAUACUAUAUAUUUAUACAAUGUUUACACAAAUUUUCGUAUCGUUGCAGCCAAGAAGCAAACCAUGGCUCGUGAUAUUCUUGAGCGUCCUUAGAACUGUUUUUAUACCCGCGUUGAUGUUUUGCAACGCACAACCGAGGCAUCAUUUACCCGUUUAUAUUCAUAACGAUUUGUAUUAUGUUCUGAUAACCAUUAUAUUUGCACUGACCAAUGGUUAUCUGUGUAACUUAACAUUCAUUCUCGUACCCACAGUCGUGGACAGCCAAGAGAAGGAAAUAGCGUCUGCAAUGAUGGGUGCUUUCUUAGGUAUAGGAUUAGCAUCCGGUGCUGCGCUUAGCUUAUACAUGGUGAAGACUCUCUAAUACUUUACGAUUGAGGAAAAAUGUAAAUAUAAAAAUAAUGAUGAUCUCACUGCCUUUUACACCUGAAAUCAGAUGUAAAAAAUUAUGAGGCAGCACAUUGAUCACGAGCUUCUAUAAUAUAAUAAUAAUAAUAAUAACAAUCAAUUUGAUCGUUCUUGAUCGCGUUAAGAUAUUAAUGAAAGUUUUUAUUCAUUUUUCCGUACCGCUACGAGAUAAAUGUAAAAUUAUUAGUGGUGAUCCUCAUAUUUUAUCAGAUUUGAUAUUUUAUCAGAAAAUCUAUUGAAUCUGUGUUAUAAGUACAAAGUAAGUGUCGAUUAAGAUAAAAUGCACGACAUGAAUAAAUAUAUAUAUAUAUAUAUAUAUGUGUCACACUUGUGACCACAGAUUAUCAGUAAUCUAUGAUAUUACAACUAUAAUAUAUAAUAAUUAU